AUGCUCCGAAACCUCUUCCGACCUUCCCCGGAUGGCCAAGGCCAAGGCCAAGGCCAAGCCAUGCACCGCCGCGCUGUGGCUACCUCCCCCGGUGGCGGCGGCAGCAGCCGCAGCGCGGCAUACGGACCUUCCUGGCCCGUACCCACCGAUGAGGACUGGGGAAGUGGGCCCUCUUCCAAUGACUGGGGCGGGGCCUAUAUUGACGAGGGGGGUGGUUUUAUACUACCGGAACCUUCACAGCACCGCCCCGUGGAGCCCUCGGCGCCUCCACUGCCAGCGGACCUACUGUACCACAUUGGAACGAUUAACGAUAACUACCACAACCACUACGCCGCGCAUGGCAACGACCUAAAGGCAGCAGCACCAACAGGACCAGCAGAAGCAGCCGCAGCCGCAGCAGCAGCAGCAGCGCCGCCGUUCCGUGACCGUGACCCGUACCACGGGCGCUACAAUGACCCGUGGGUCGGUCCUCACUUCGCCAGCAGCAGCAACCUGGUGCACAGUAGCGCAACCGGCGGCGCCGCUGGCGGCGGUGGAGGACGGCGUCGCAUGCCGGAAAGUCAGCCGCCGUACUAUGUGACGCCCAACGUCGCGGCCGCCGCUUCCGCCGCUGGUGACGCUGGUCAGCCCCGCUGGGGUGGCGGCGGCGGCAGUGGCGGCGGCGGCGGCGGCGAAGCCUGCGCCGUCAAGCCUGGCGCCGCCGGGCCAGGGGUUCCGCCCGUCGCCGCCGCCGCCGCUCCCGCUGGAGCGACUGAAUACUUUCCACAAUCCGCAGAGGCGCUGUCGUACAGUACGUCAGCGCUGUACCCGGCCGUACCGACGGGCCCGUACCGACGGGUUCCUUUUUAUAAAGGGGCGGCGGAGGCGGAUGGCGGUCUCGGUGGCGACGGAGGGCUCGGGAACGCGAUGGCCGCGCCGGCGGCGGCGCCGCCACAGGCUCCCGGCGGCGGCUCCGCCGCGGCGGCGGCGGCAUGGGCUGCAGUAGCUUCCGCCGCCGCGGCGCCUGAGGGUGCAACACGUCUGGCGACUCGCGUGGUGGACGCGGCGAGGGCAGUGGGCGAGGCGGUGGUAGCGGCGGCGCACUCUCUCGCGUACGACAUUCGCAGACGGGCGGAUGAAGUGGCGCGGCGGCAACUGGCUGGCGGCAACGAGGUUGGUGGACGCCGUACAGCGGGGGCUAGCGGCGGCGGCGGCGGCGGCCGUGCGGCCGCACUGCUUCCGCUGCGAGCCGGCGUGGUGGCGAUCUGGCUACUUGCUCGUGCGGCGGCGGUGGCGGUGGGCGUGAUGACGGAGGUGUUGGCGGCAACGGGCGCAGUGGCGGCGGAGUUCCUCCUCUUCAGCGGCGCUCUGCUGACCAAGUGGAUGCCGAUGCUGAACAACAACAACAACAAUCGGCGCCGCCGCCAGCAGCAGCAGCAGCAGCAGCGCAGAUUUGCGGGACGCCGCGGCGGCGGUGGCGGUGGUGGCGGUGGUGGCGGCGGCGGCGCGCUCCGCACACACCCGGACGGUGGCUACGGACGCGGACUCGGUGAUGAGGCAGGUGACGGAGGCGGAGGCGGAGGCGGCCUGUACGGCAGCGGCUGGGGGCUGGGUCCCGGGGUGCUGGCGGCGCUGAUGGCGCCGAGCCACAUAGCCCGUACAAUGACGGCAACCGCCUUGCUUGUGUACGGUGAACUUCACGGCAGCUUGGAGGAGGCUGCUCGGGUGCUAGCCGGGGCGCUGAUGGACGCAGCGAGCCAGCUGGCGGGUCUGGCGGGUGGCCCCGGGGCAGCGGGACUGACCCGCGGGUCACUGGAGGCGCUGGGAUACGCUGUCGACGCGCUCACCGGCGUUCGUAAGAUUGGGCUACGCGCUGUAGCCCGGGAGUUCCAGAGGCGGCACGCACUGGCAUCGCUGACGCCGCCACUGCCGCCGCCGCCACCGCCGCCGGCACCGCCUCCACCCCAACUGGCUGUACGCAACACAGGCGCCGGUCCACUACCGAUAAAUGGGAUGCGGGGGAGCUCCUUUGUCAGGGCUCGGGAGAUUGACCUGCAUGUCGUAUCAACGAUUUCAAAUGUACCCCCGACGGCAAAGGCAAUUCCGUCGCAUCUUUCAACGACGAGCGAAUCCCGGGAUACUGCGCCGACCUCCGUGGUCAGCUGCAUCAGAAGUUGUGAGAGGACGGCUCUGUUGCCUCUGCCUCCGCCGCUGCUGUCGUACUGUUUUCCGACUCGCGCGUUUGGAAGGUUACGCCGGCGGACAAAAUCUGCGAUUGUGGGCAACAUGUUGCAGACGGUGGUAGUCGGCGUGGUACCCCAGCAUUAUGAUGGUCGUUGCAGCAGUGUGGACUGCGUGGCAAUCGUUUAG